CACACGCAACGCAACGCAGAUGGAACGGAGUGGAUCACAUCGCCACACCUGACCUCAUGCUCCAUAUAUAUAUAUAUACACACUUCCGAUCCGACAGCUUAUCAUCGCCGCGUCCUUUUCAGAUGCAGAGAUAAGCUAGCAAGCGCUGACUUUGCUCGGCUCGCGCGCGGCGGCGAGCCGCACCUACCUCGCCGGACGAGCACGGAGGGGCGCGCGAAUGCAUGGCUGCGCUGCAGAUCGCCUUCGCCGUCAUCAGCGUGGCGGUGGUCGUCGUCAUCGCCUACUUCCUCCACACCUGCUCGCGGGAGGCCACGCCCAUUCCGCCGAUGCCGACGCCGCCCGGCACCGCGGAGGAUGCGGCGGCGACGGCGGGCGGCGACGUUGAGCUGGGGAUGGACGAGGCCGCGAUCAGCGCGCUGCCGAGGGUAGUGGUGCACGGCGGGGACGCGGCAACGGCGGAAGCUUCCUGCGCGGUGUGCCUCGGGGAUUACGACCGGGGCGACGUGCUCCGUGUGCUGCCCGGCUGCGACCACUCCUUCCACCGGCCCUGCGUCGACCAGUGGCUCCGCCUCCGCCCCAGCUGCCCCGUCUGCCGCACGCCGCCGGCGCCCACAGCCCCCUCGCCCGCCCAAGCCACCAAUGAUUAGUUCUUAGGGAACUCCGGCAUGUAAAGAGAAAGUGUUUAUAUUAUGUAGUACGAAAGAGGAAUGACGAAUGUAAUUUUGUGGCACCGCAAUUUCAUGCGAAAUAGUUCUCAGCCUGAUUAGUACAUUGAUGUACGAAACAUACACAAGACAACCCUCAUUUAUUGAUUGGAGAUAAACAACAGCAUACAAAGGGUAGGUUAUUCAGGUCUCACAAUACAUCACAGGUACACAUUGACAAACAGACACACACACAGACGGCGGUAUAUGUGUUCCCUAAGAUUAAUGAGCUUACAAGUUAGAUAAACAGACGAUAUGGAUUGGGGUACAUGUAUGUUGCGCCGGCGGGGCAAUGCCUAUGCGGCCGCCCACGCCGGCCA